AUGUCUUACCAUCAGUGGCUCAGUGGUACACCCAAAUACCACCUCACAUCUUCAGCGACCGAAGCCUUCUCGAUAUCGCAGUCAGCCAGCAGACCUCGUCGUCCUGAGUUUUCCGUCUUCUGCAUCGAGGGGCACGUCGCCGCUCCAGCACCACAUUCCACGACAGCCUACCAAAUGGAUGACGACUUUCCGGCCUCACUCUCCAGCGACUGCAAACAGGCAGCAACGCCUGAUCUCGCCGCUGGACACCUGGGUGCUCACACCCUCACCCCGCCGUGGCAGCCUAUGGGACUAUCGCGCUCCAACAUGUCUAUGCAGCAAGGCCAAAUCGGUCAGACAUCCAGCAGUCACCGCCAUGCUGUGCCCAAGCAUACAUCCGAGUCAUUUGCUCCGGCCCAGAAGAGAAUCGCCGCCGCCAACUACCCAGCAAGUGAGGCGUUGCCAACUCCACCAGCCACGCCGCAGCAACGGUCGAAAGCAUCAUCGCCGCGGAUGUCUAUCGCUUUGCAACCACCGAACACUGCUGUCACCCGUAGGCGUGGCGAGGGUGGACCAAAGUCGAACCAUGAUUCGAAACUGCAGACUGCCAUCGAGCCACCCCAUUGGAGUACGAACUGUACCGUCCUCAAAGCCGAUAGCUCGACGGAUAAAGGCAAUGUCGUGUCGCCGACCUGCAUGGUUGGUCUGCCGUUUGGUGGUAUGGUGGAGAUGAUGCUGCCGUUGCCUGGAGGUGAGAUCAAGGACGUUGAGUAG